GUAAAUUGUUAAUAAACAUCUAACAAUGCACUAUCAAUCAUCGUUAAUAAUUGAUUAUAAAUUUUCAAACGAUUUCCUUUCGAUGUGACAAAAAACUGAAUAGAAAAAAUUUUCAAUAAUUAUCGGUUAACUAAAUGGAUGAAACUUUAUAAUUUGUUUAUAAUUCAAUGAUUAACUAUCAAAUAUUAGGGAAUGCACGUCAAUCUUCGUCAAAGGAUUAGUAAUUGAUCUGAUACGUUUAUUUAUAAAAAUUAAACAUUGGUAGGACAACAACCAUCCCAGAAUGAUGACAUGUGGUUAGAAACGUAAAGACAAUGUCAAUAUUCAUCACUCGAAUAUCGAACAACAUUGAUUACUCCAGCAAUUAGCUCAGUCUAGUUUGCAGUGUAAUUGGGUGAUGGAUCCAUGUGUUGUUUGUGGAGGUUUCGAGUUCUACACAGAAUCCGGAUUUUAUUUUUGUCAACAAUGUGAAACUCAACAGGAGGGUAGACGAGAAGAAGUUGUCGAAUAUGCAGCUGAUGCCUCGACUCAUGUGACGAAGAAAAGAAUCGAUAGACGAACGAAAGUUAAUAAAACAGAAACCUCCCUCGGCUGGACGUCCUGGGAGUCUUUCAACUUCAUCCUCAACGGUUGGACGAAUGAAUUACUGAUUUUGGGAGCCUCUCCAGAAUUUAAAAUAACAGUCCUUCAGUUAUGGGCGACGUACCUAGGCAAAUUACAAGUGGCAUUCCGGUCAUUCAAGGAGCGUUGUCUGCCCAGGUUGCCCCUCUCCUACCGGCAGAAAGAUAGUGAAAUUGUGUUUGGUGUUGUUCCCUCGAAGGUAAAAAAGAGGAAGAGAACCCCAUCCAAUGCGACCUCAGACGCAGAAUCCACCCAGGCCAGUGAGAUGAGCUUCGGUCGACUGCUGUCCCAGAGGAGGAAAAAGUUGGUUGAUCUAGAGUACCAGAAGUACCUGGACACCAGUGAAUCGGAAACUGGUGGUGCCAGUUCAGUCAAUCAGAGCCUCCACAGCAUCAAAUCCGAUGUUCUAAAGGCCAAGAGGAAGAAGGUGCCUCUUUACUUUAAUUCUUUCGCAAGAGCACAUAAGAAGAAAGUCACGAAGGACACUAGGAAGAUUCCGAGGAAGAGACAUGCCAUCCUUCGGCAGGCGAGACUUGACAGACACAGGAAGACUGCUGAGCAUCUCACGAUGCAACAUGUCAUGGCGGUCAUCAAUCUUGCCUUGAGAGUCAAUGAUGAGAAGAUUUUUCUCAGUGACAUUUUAAGAUUCCAGACAGAAGGACACAUAUCAACGAAAAAAUUGGAUCAUUUUUUCCCAGAAGACGAGCCAAUACCCAAAGAUUUAUCGAAUUGCGGGAAUUCUCCCUCGAAAUACGAGAGUCUCUGGGUGGCGACCAGUGAGCUGGCUCAUCUACUGGAAGUUUCAGAGAUCCCGGAGCCUAAUAUCGUCGAGCUGAUCCGACGAUACUGCACAGACCUGCAGUUACCAACGGGAAUAGCUCUAUAUGCUGAGAGGAUGAUUGCCCUGUCACCCCCGAAGCUUACCUUCGAGUCCUGGAAUCGUUACAUGCCACGUUAUGAGGCAAAAGCCAUGGCAGCUAUUAUAAUGGUGAUGAAAAUUUUAUUCGGAUUAGACGGAGUCACAGAAUGCGAGAUAUCACACGUGAUUGACAUAAUUAAUCAAGUUGCCGAGGAAAAAGAUCGGCUUGAUUGCAAGCUAUUCAGUUUCACUGAAUGGCAGAGGUACAUUGAGUGUCGUCGCACUGUCUUAAUAAAUUAUCACUCUGCUACGAGAUUCAAACUCGAUCCAGAGGUGCCAUCCAGAGACGUCAACGAAUAUCUGGAUUACCUGACGAAAUUCGUUGGCCCAGCGAGCCUUGGGAAAAGGCUCCAUGGAUGGACAGAGAGUAUUAAUAUGAAUAUGGACAAUUUGGCCCAGAAUCUACCAGAAACCAAACCCGUGAGGAGUUUCGAGCCGUCGCUGACACCGAUGCACUCCUACCUUCAGGAACUCCUGGUGGACGACGAGGUAGACCUUCCGAGUGUUCUCAGGCAGGAUUUCACUUGUACUAAGGUUGGCUACAUGACUAAUACCAACACUGUCAAGGAGCUAGCCGAUGAAUGUGGAAUAGACCUCGAAAUAGUCGAGAGUUCAGCCAACUUCUUGGAGAGAAUUGUGCCAAUUUUUGACGAGGCCAUGAACUACCCCAAAACUGAAGAUCUCUCGAAACUGGUUCCAGUGGUAAUUCACACAAGAGGAACCAACCGACUGGAUGAUCCCCUGGAGUACUUGCACCGAAAGAACGCCGGGAAGAUAAACAUCGACGAGAAAAAGAAAAAACUCUACGAGAAGAACCUCAAGAAUUUACGCCAAGCAAAAAACCAAACCGUCGACGAUUACGAUGAUUUCGCGUUCGACCAAGUCUUCAGCGAUGGAAAACUGAACAUCGAGGAGUUCGAAUACUCCGACUCAGAGGAUGAGGAUCCACAACUGCUGGGGGAUGAAAACCUGUUGCUGUCGAAAUUCGAGAGAGAGAGUCUAAAGGGAGGGGGUAAAAGUCAUUGGCACAUGGUGAGGGUGACGAAGCGUCAGCAACAGGAGGAAGAAAGUUAUCUAAAUGCCAAGAUCAAGAAAAAAACCAAACUGCAGUCCCCCACGUCCUCAAGAAACUGCGACUGCGUCAUGUGCGCCAUAAACACUUGCCCUGAGCACGACUCAGACCCUGGGCCGAGGGAACCUCACGCCAAUCAUGAAAAUUACGAGAAAGAAUCUGAAAUCAAUGAUAGCGAUGAAUUAACAAUUAUUGGGGAAGUGCCAACUCCUAGAUCGCAGUCUGAUGAAGAGAUUUCAAUCGUCAAAGAGACGAAGAGAGCCAGGAAAAAAGCAGUGGUGUUUCGUCCUUACAGGGACUACUGGCUCCGCAGAAAAGAGCGAAGCACUAAUAUCAAUGGGUCCCUUGUGGAGUGGCACAGGCUUGAGAGGGACUUUCCUGUUAAUUUUCGCUGGCUCCUCAACGAGUGUGCAGCCAUGAUUGAGCUAGAGAGCUCUAGCUUGUAUCGGGAACUCUUAACAAUGGAGGAGUACUACGCCGACUGCCUCGUUCAGGAUUAUGAUCGUGAAAGGGCUUGCAAGUUCUUUUAUGUGUCCAGGCAUCGUUUUAGUACGAUGGUUGGCACUACCAGGAGUAAGUGGAAUAAUGUCUACAAGAGGGGCGCGGGGGUGAGGAACGAGUGAAGUGAUUUUUACAAAGAGAGCCUAGGGACAAUUUUACACUUUUUUUGAAUUCGUCUUCUCAUGGUCAAUGUAGUUUCUACUGUUGAAAAUAUAUUUUUAUAAAUAAAACUUCGCUGACAAUUACUUCCAAUUUCACUAUUAAUCCUUCGAUACAUAAAUUUAAAAGUAUUAUGUAUUUUUGGUCUUUUUUUUCUCACAUUUUAGUGACUUUUCGUGAGAUCAUCUCUCUGUUUUCUCAAAAGGGCCUUCAAUUGCCCACAACUCAACUACCAAGAGCACAAU